AUGACCAUAGAACCAGUUCAAACUCCCGUCACAAGGUCACCAAUGUCCCACAUUGAGUUCUUCCCCAUUCCUGAUGUCUGGUCGUGCGAUGGCAAACAGCGACUCACGAGCAACAGCAACGACGACAUGAGAAUCACUUCCCGAUUGAAUGUCGCGCCAACGGUGGCUUCGCUCUUAGCCAUAACAAAAACAACGACGAUUGGGCUCUUCGACCUCCAUAAUGAAGACAACAUCGGCAGAGUAUCCAAUUUGGUAGCGGCAGCGACAAACAACAAGAAGAAGGGAUGGAGAAGGAGCAGGUUAGCGAUUCGAGUUUUCGCAGCAGCAAUGGUUAGCGUCGUCGGCCAAUAUCAUGUAUGA